AUGACGGAUGGCUUCCACAUGACUUGGAGUGUGAAGUUUGACGGUAAGAGUAAGCCUUCCACACUUGGGACCAGUUUACUCGCAAGGUUGCCUUCCCCACUCAGCCACUUUGAUCUGCGGAACCAACACCGUUACAAACACCCCAUAAUACUCAUUCUGUAUAUGUAAUAAAUCAAUAUUUUAGUGCAGCAGUGCCCAUACUUUAGAACUCCCUGCUUGUUGACAAAGGCAGGUGCCUUCACUGUACUCUUUUCAGAGCCUGCUAAAAACAUUAUUGUUCAGGCAAGCCUAUCCAGUAACAAAAAAGUAUGACAUGUAUUUUAAUCCGGUUUUUAGCUUACCGGUUUUAAUGAAUGGGGAGGAUGUCAUUGGUUUGUUGUGUUUUUGUUCCUGUUUUUACUGGGAAUUUUGUGUUUGUACCUUGUGCUUUUGUGCUGUGAACCAUGCUAUGAUCUUCAGAUGAUGGGCAGUAUACAAAUAAAUAAAAAACUUUUGAAUGUUUUUAAAUAGCUGUUUUUAACUUUUUAAAAAUAAUUUUAUCAAUAUCCGCUCUGAGAGUUUUUCUCACAGUCAAACAGUAUAUAAAUGCUUUGAAACACACACGAAAUAAAUACAUUAUUCUCUGAUCAACAAUUGCAUCCACACACCCAUUUCCUUUCCUUUCCUUUGCUGUUCUGUCUUUAAUUUGGGAAGUGGGGCAAUGAAACGGGAGCUGUUCAGCAGCAGAAAGAUUCCUAUUUCAGCAGCAGUACUCCUUGUGCUGCCAAUCUCAUCUUUGCUGCUGUGACAGAUAGGCGCUUGCUUUUAGCAAGCAAGCUGAGAUUCUUCUCCAGAGGGCACCAUGUUCUGUGAGCCUUCUGUGCUCCUACAGAAUUGUGGCAUCCCCACACUGGCUGACUUGGAGGACACCGACAAUGAAGGAGGUACUGCCCCACCUCACCCCUUUGUCCAUGGGUGACCUUGGUCCUCCUCUCUGCCCCACCUGCUCCCCCACCUAGUUUCUGUGACCUUAUACACAAGCCCCACUGAUGCCUAGCUUCCCACGCGCCGCUUGGUUUGAGUAUUCUUUGCCCUGCACCCGACGAGAAUGCCUGCCUGCCUGCCUCGCUCAGCCUUUUCUUUCUCCCCAAAGGUAACGGGGGUCAGCCGGAGAAACCUCACUUGGACUCACGGAGCCUGGUGUUUGAGCUGGACCCGUGCAGAGGGAAUGGGAAGGUCUGCCUUGUGUACAAGAACACUAAGCCAGGUAUGUUGUGUGAUACCAGCAGCCCAAGAGCUGUCUUUACUAAUCUUUACUUACAUCUGGAGGGAACCAGGUUGACAAAGGGUGUCAUCUAUGAUGGCCUGUGAUGAAGUUUUCCUGAAGCAAGCUAUGCUUUGUUGUUGUUGUUGUUGUUAAUAUUAUUAUUAAAAUUUGUAUACCGCCCUUCAUCCACAGAUCUCAGGGCAGUUCACCACAUAAAAUUACUAUAUCUAUAUAUAUGCAUAAUAAAAACGAGAAGAAAAGCAAACACCCCCCUCACCCAGCACAUUUAGAAAGAUAUCGGAGAUCAAUCAGCCAAAGGCUUGGUUGAAGAGGAACGUUUUCACCUGGCGCCUAAAGAUAGGUAGCGAAGGUGCCAGGUGAGCCUUCCAGGAGAGGGCCUUUCACAAACAGGGAGCCACUGCAGAAAAGGCCUGUUCUCGUGUGGCCACCCUCCGGACCUCUUGUGGAGGAGGCACCUGAAGAAGGGCCUCAGAGGAUCAAUUUCCCUUGGAAAUGCCUCUAUCCUUUGUAGAAAGCACCGAGGCCCAGUUCGUCAUCCCUAGGCCUCAGAGUUCCUUAUUAAACCCCCUUGAAAGGUGGGGUGGUCCAUUCUUCUCAUCCUGUGGCCUAAUAGUCUCUCUUCUCACUUCCAGGUGUCACCCCGUAUUCUGCGAUCUGGCUUCUGGACCGAGCUCUCUACUGGCAUUUCCUCACCAAACCUUCACCGCUUACUACCUGCUCCUGCUCCUGCCUUCACCAGCUAUGGCAUCAGCCCCCAGGCAAAGGUGAGAGAAUGACAAACGGCCCGUCCCUUUUUCUAGGGUCGCCCCAUUCUGCCUUCACAAAAGCCCUGCGAAGGAGGUCAGGCUGUGAGUGAGUGAUUGGCCCAAGGUCACCCAGUGAGCUUCAUGGCCAAAUGGGAAUUUGAACCCCGGCCUCCCAGGCCCUAGACCGACAUUCUAAUCCAGUGUGUCUCAAGUUACAGGGAACCAGGCAGAGGGCCUUCCCAGUGGUGGUGCCUGCCCUGUGGAACGCCCUCCCAUCAGAUGUCAAAGAGAAAAACAACUACCAGACUUUUAGAAGACAUCUGAAGGCAGCCCUGUUUAGGGAAGCUUUUACUGUUUAAUAGGUUAUUGUAUUUUAAUAUUCCGUUGGAAGCCGCCCAGAGUGGCUGAGAAAACCCAGCCAGAUGGACGGGGUAUAAAUAAUAAAUUAUUAUUAUUAUUAUUAUUAUUAUUAUUAUUAUUAUUAUUAUUAUAAAUUAUUAUACCACUAUGCCACACCACCUCUACACUGACUGGCUGCUGCUCUCCAGGGCUUCAGGUGGCAUGGUGGGGGUCUCUCCCAGCUCUCCUUGGAGAUGCCAGUGGGGAUUUUCAUGCAACAUACAUACUCUUGCUUCUGAACUCAUCCUUUUGACCCAGGGCUGAAGUUCUUCCAUUCCCAUGCUUUGUUCUGCAUCACUUCCACUUUCCCAGAGAGGCAUUUGGACAUUGACUCCAGGAUUUGGGGGGCAGCAGCUGUUCCCAGCCCCACUUGGAGACCCCCAGGGAUUGAACUCUGCAUCCAACGCACACACUCUGACACUGAAGCACGAUUCUUCCCUCAAAUACACCAUGCAACAUGAGCGUAGGAUAUUACCAUGCUGUGGUGUGAUAUCUCCUGCAGCUCUGUGCCAAGAAAGCCUCACAAAGCGUAGUAAUGGUAGUAGUAGUAUUAAUAAUAAUAAUAAUAAUUUAGCAGGUCAUCCAGGGAUUGAAUUAGAGAUCUGCUCUAUCCCAAGCAGACCCCCUUCUGUCCCUGAGCCCAUCUAGUGGGAUUCCUGUCUGAGGCCUCCGGUCCCACGGCUGGCAGAUAACAAGCCAGGAGCCAGGUCUGGGGACCCCCCCUUCCAUCGCUCACCUUCCUUCUCUGCUGUGUGCAGCAUUAUUUUUAUCGCCAAUUUUGAUAGUUAUCAGACGGACAGGGCUAGGAGCCUAAAGUCCUCUGCGUCAGGGCGACCUUUGCGUUCCAGAGCCAUGCUUGUUUGGGAUCCUCUGAGUUCCCUGAUUUACCUUUCUUUUACCUGUCCUGCAUCUCCCAACAAGAGACUCCCUCCACUUCCUCUGUGCCACGCCAAACUUCUUGAACUUCUAUUGUGCUGCCUCUUGCUUACCUUUUCUCCUGACCAAAAAGUCCUAACCUCAGCCACCUUCCUUCAUAGGGGAUUCGCUCCACCCCCUUGAUAAUUUUGAUUGCCCUUUUCUGAACUUUAUCCAACAUCCUUUUUGAGACAAGCUGACCAGACCUGCACGCCUGCCCUGCAGGGAGUACCAUUUGCUGCUCCUCACUUUCCCUUUUCCUUUUCCAGCAAAGGUUCAACAUGUACAAGCCCAUCCACUGUCAACACCGAGCAGCUCUCUGAGGAGGCCGAUUCCUUCGUGA